CCCCCUGGUGCGACGUGCGCCGUCGGGGCAGACACACAUCGUCUUCCCUCGAGUUCGGUUUAUUCAGUCGGCGGCCGGCUGUCGUUUACACCGCACGUUCUAUUUACCUUCCGUGCAAUUGAUGAAAUUAGAUCGGUACACAAUUUUUCAGACACUAUUCAUCGAUCAAACAUUGAUAAUUCAGCCGUUCGAGGGCUACAGUAACGUUAAUAAAGUUGUGAAGACGCGGGGUAGAUCGUUGGAUUGUUUAAACAAUGGAGUAGUGAAGAAUGUGUGAUGAAUUUUGACAGGUGUGCGGGAACAAUAAUAUCGCGGAAUACCAAUCGCGUAGAUUGUUUAAUUUUCUACGAAUUUUGAGGAAUUCAGAGGAUCGAAUAAAAGAGUGAAAAUAACGAUUAUGAAAGCCGAGGGAUCGGCUCCAUCAAUCACAAUUCAGCACAAGGUCAAGGUAAAAGAAGAGACGAAAGAAUGCAAUUAUCAGCCGGAAAAUUCACCGGUAGAAAGUCAAGUAACAACGACAAUGGCUGUACCAGUGGUUGGUGGAAGUACAAACACAAUCACAACAACUUCAACAACAAACUCAAACAGCGUAGCCAACCUUUCCAAUCAUCUACCAUCAACAGGCUCAAACUCAUCAACGAACGAGGCAACUUCUCCAACAAGUACUCACCAAAAUUCAAGUGUCAUUUGCCAAGUCCCAUCAUCCACUAGUUCCCUACACAAUAGCGUUGAGCCUGUCGAUUUGGAUGUCAAAAGUAAGGGCGCAGUGUCGGCCCCAUCUCGCGAUGACAGAGGUAACAAUCACUCAACGAAGGAGAAUCGUUCAUCUCCGCAAUGUCAAAAGUCCAAAAUCUCUCACACGUCCGCUAUCAACGGCCAUUCAGAAUUUUCCCGACAAUUAUCCGCCAGCUCCUCGGGAAAUGAUAGUCCCGUUUCGUCGCACUCAAUCAAACCGGAGGACGAGCCAGGCAUUGGAAAACACGAGGAACCACCAUCUGCACCACCGCAACUAUCGACCGAAACGACCACCACCACCACCAAUGGAGUAGUUCUGAAUGGUGGUGGUCUCAGGUGUAUUUCCAGCGUUUUCGCGGGUCACGCUAAGCUCAAGAGGCUCCUCGGCACUCUGGUGCAGUUCGCUAAUAAUAUAUCAACGGAGACUGGUGAUACAGUGAGGUGCUUCGUGUUUGGCCUCUUGAGUGGAGCAAUGACAGCUGAAGAAUUUCACUCGGCCCUCCAAGAAGCCACGAAUUUUCCCCUCCGCGAUUUCGUUCUCCCAUAUCUCAGGCACACCCUCCCCUCCCUCAGGCGAAACCUGAAUGCAGCAGCUAGAGCUAAUAAUCAGACUUGCAUGCAAUAUCUUCGGGCGAACGAAUCAGCGAUUUUGGAGACAGUGAAUCUACCUCCGAGCAGUGACACAGCUGAACUCUUCGGUGACCACAGCACCAAUGGCACAUCAUCAACAGCAGCAAACUACAGCUUACGAUCCGGCACAACGUCGAGUGUUAGUUCCAUAUCGCACAGUAGUUCACUUCAUCAUUACGGUACCGCCACAAAUUUGGCAACGAAACGUCGGGCCUCUGACACACCGUAUUACGAGAACGGCAGUGAGGAUUCUCCCCUCUACGGAAAGCGUUCCUCAAAUAUCUGGGGUAGUCACCACCACCCGUCGGCCCAACAGCAGUCGGACCCCUACUGCUGGUACCAUCCACUCCACUCCUCAAGCACAACAAUUCAGGGUCACUCCCAUCACCCCCACGUCCCCCCAAAUCUCAUCCAGAUCAAUCAGCUGUCGUCGUUCGGCGCUCCCCAUCACCCCCAACAACAACAACAACAACAACAGCAACAGCAGAUUAAUCACGCACCCGGACAAAUGCAAAAUGGCUCGAGUUUAGAUGACGAAUGGAAGAAUAUUCACGUUAUGCUCAAUUGUAUUCUCGGUAUGGUAGAGAAGACAAAACGAGCUCUGGUGAUACUCCAGAGACGCGGAUGUCCCAGUCCAGCUGGUGCAACACCUGCUUCCGGAUUGGUUUGUACCCAGAAUGGUACCAGCAAUGGUAACAAUCUUUCGGGGACAAAUGGUGCACAGAUCGAGUCGUCUAGUGGAGAUCGUGAUGGCAAUUUGAAACGUUUGUCUGGAGAAAUUGUGGCGCAGACUAUUAGAGCCACUGAGGAUCGGGUGGUUACGGAGGUGAAGCGAAGAGCUGAAGCAGUACAAGAAGUCAAACGUACUGCAAUGGUGGAGGUACAACGAGCAGUGGCUGCUGCAGUGGCAGAGUCCCGGGCGAGCGAGAGAAUGAGGGUUCAGCAUCUCCUGGACAUUCCACUAGCCCAACGAGGUCACAGCUCCAUGAGACAGGGGUCCUUCCUCCGACUCGGGGGUCAGAGCACCUCCGAGACGAUCUCCAAGGCCGCCAGCUCCACCGAGGACGAGAAGGAGGGGGUGACUCUGAAUGUCAUGGGAUCCAGCUGUUGGAACUGUGGAAGACCGGCCCUGGAGACCUGCGGAGGGUGUGGGAUAGCCAGAUACUGUGGCUCAUUCUGCCAACAUCGAGACUGGGAAACUGGUGGGCAUCACGCCACCUGCAGAGCCAGUCCCACCCAGGAGCCCAGUCGUUCCUCAUCACGAAGUCCACCGAGACCUGGAAACAGCUCCAGUGAGAUCGACAGUGCAGCACCGACAGUUGCCAAGGGGAAGUGAUUGUACAGGAGAGAUUACACGAUCCUGGCGCGUUUCAAUCGUCCACGGAAUUUCUGUCGAUGAAUUUCCAGUGGAAAUAAAAAAUAAAAAAAAAGAAAGAGAGAAUUCUAAUGGCCAUAAUUGUUUGAAAAAAUUGUAUUGUUAUCACGUUUCAUCUCUACGUGAAUUAAUAAUUAAUUUCUCGUCAGUUGAAGUCCUAAUUAAUAGGUAUAAAACGAUAAAAGACGUUUUAAUAUCGUAAUCGUGCAUGUUGAAUAAAAAAUAAAAUCUUUUAAUAAGAGUCGAGUCAAUUUUCACAGAGAGCACGUAAUUAUAAUAAUUUAAUAAUUAAUACUGUUGAUAUACCUUUGUUAUUAUUCCAAUAAUUAUUAUUUUGUAAUAACUGCACCUACCUUUUUAUCCUAGUCAAUUGAAUAGCUACAAUUUAAUGUAUAAAUAAUAAAAUUCAUUAAUUUGUCUAGUAAAUGAUAAGCUGUAAAAUUAAUCGUAUAUUGUCUAGUCAUAAAAGUCAAAAUGACCACGAAGCAACUGAAGAAAAAAAAUUAAUCAGCUCGUGAACAUCAUUUAGGAAACUGCUCAAUCGAUUAAAAAAUGUACUCAAUUCAAUC